AUGAUUUCUGGUCGUUGUGCAGCUUGCAAGUAUCUGAGAAGAAGAUGUCCUUCCGAUUGCAUUUUCUCUCCAUAUUUUCCUCCAAAUAAUCCUCAAAGAUUUGCUUCUGUUCAUAGGAUCUAUGGUGCCAGCAACGUUGCCAAAAUGCUCCAGCAACUACCAGGCCAUCUGAGAGCUGAAGCAGCAGAUACUUUGUGCUAUGAAGCCGAAUGUAGAAUACAAGACUCAGUGUACGGUUGUGUUAAGACUAUUUCCCAAUUGCAUCAAGAAAUUCACAACGCAGAAUGUCAAUUAGCGAAAACACGAGCUGAGAUUGCCUUCAUCAACUCUGGCGGCGGAGGAGGAGGGCAAGAACAUCAAGUGCAUCAAACGCCAGAAGUUCAGUCCGACUUAAGUUUCUUUCCGGACCAAACCGAAGUUGAGGCAACCCUAUUUGGCUCUUCCUCCAAAGCUCCUUGGUUUAUUUGA